AGCCGCAUCUAUUGUCGUGGUGGAAUUGGUUCUAAAAAGUGGUCAAGCUCCCUUCUCGCCAAAAAGGCGCAAUCUAAUCUAUUACCAAGCCAUCAGUUUAGUUUAGUCAAGUGAAUCAAGGAACGAACGAGAGCCAUUCUCAGAAAGUGAAUCUGCAACAAGUGUCUCACACUAUUUCGUAGUAAAUGCAAGUGAUGCACGUUUUUUUGUCUGUAUAAAAUAGCGACUAAUAAGGUGACAGUUAUCGGGAAAUUAUAAAAAAAACAACGCUUCCUUCCGCAUCGUGGAUGAGACGAUAAUGUUCAAAUUUGUGAUAUCGGAUUAAAUUAUUAAAAAUCGAGUGCUUAUCAAUUUUUAUUUUACCCAUGUCGUUCCAAAAUUUUGGGAUUUGUACACUUUAACAAAAAACUACAGGAUUGCUGAAAUUUUUGAAAAAAAACAUGGAGUUUUUUAAGAAGACUAUUUUUUGCCGUCUCCUCCUCAUCCUCCUCAUUUUCGUGGACAUCAGCGUGGCCCAAACGGGGUCCAGUUUUUUCUACUAUUACUCCCCAAAUCAGCCCAUGGUCGUGAAUUCUCAAACGUUCGGAUCCAAUCCGCAAGCUUAUCAUCACUCGUCCACGAAUCCGUUCGACUUUAUCCCGUCCGACCAGACGAGGGAAGAUCGACAGGGGGCGGUAUACCCCACGGGGGAGGAGAGCAGUCCCUUCUUGCCCCAGAGGAACAUUCCGUCAUCCCUGCUGGACAAGAUUGCUUUCACCAAUGGGCCACCAACCCUGCCCUCGUUACAUCCUCAGUACCAGUAUAAUUAUCAGGUCAACACGGACCCACCACAAACACCUCCAACACCGACGAGAAGUGCAAAUUCACUUUUCCCAGGACAGACGCAACCUUCAGGGAAACUCUUUAAUUUCUUGAACCAACCGUUCCAAUUUUUUCAAAAUAGUUUCAACCGGUUUCACCACCAGCAGCAGCAUCAACAGCAACAAGAAGAGUAUGAUGAUAAUCGACAGUCUCCGGUAAGCUAUAAUACUAAUGAGGGGAAAGUAGCGUCGCAAGAAUAUGUGAGCACGCCGUCCAGAGUGGUAACGGUGCCACCACCCACGAACGACCAAAAUCAGCAAACGAUCUACAGUUACUACGAUCAGGGACGACUUUCUCCGGCUCGUUUUGUUGUGCAAAAGCCUAAAACCACCCCUCUCACUUUCUCCGUAAACCAAUAUUUCACCUCAAAAACGACCAAGGGUCCGGCCUCCUAUACUUUCACGAUCGAGGCCAAUCCUACCGUUGGCCCUACGGCAAAAGUUCAGGUCAGCGUUGGAUCAGAUUCCCUCUCGUCUACUUUCCCCACACUGCCACCUGCCCUGUUUUCCCCUUCAGUGGCGACGAGAGAGAAUAAAACGACGACGCAAGGUGAACGUGACGACGUGAAUGUAGUUCAGUACGAAUAUUAUGACGAUGACGUCGUAAUGCAGCCAGUAGUGACCACUACACCGACAAGUAGUUCAACACCACCUGUGGAUUCACAGACACCAGAACCGCAAAAUCUCGUCACUGAGAGCGCAUCCUUUCCAUCUUCAACGCCAAUUUCUACCACGCCAGAGCAACAAGCUAUCCCUGAAACGACGCCAUUGCCAACCACCACCACCACCACGACCACCACUGUUUCUACUACUUCUACAGAAAAGAUCAAUAUUGAUCAGGAAAAUGGUAACAGUGUUCGAAAACCCGUGAAACGAGUCAUUAUCGUGAGGAAGAAACUAGUCUCAGGGAACAAACAGCAGCGUAAGAAUAAUAAUGUCGCAAUAACGGAGGUCGACUCCAAAUUCAACAAUGAGCUUGUAAAUUCCGAGAAAAAUCAAAUUAUUGAAAACGUUCCCACCUCGUCAACCUCCUCACGUCCUGAACCAUACGAAAUAAUUUCGAGUCCCGUACCACCAAAGGCACAGAGAGUGAAGCGGCCACGAUUCAGAUCUUCAACUCCUGCCCCCACAACUACAACAACGACCUUCGCCACCACUACCACUACUGAACAAGCCCCCAUCAUCCUCGCCGCCGAAGAUAUCGAACCUGCUACGACCACAAGUCAACCAGAAGUCCAAACCACCACCACCACCGAUGCCCCCACAACGGUGAGACACAAACAAAAGGAGGAUUACUUUAUUGAGCCUCUUAUCACCACCACCGCUUCGAAAGCCGACUCACUCGUGUCGACGGAAACACCUGUGGCUCCAACAACAACCGAUGCGAGACAAACGGAUGAACAAAGAGAUGCGGAAUUCGAAUAUUACGAAUAUUAUGACGACCAGACAGAAAAUUCUUACAAGACGCCGUCCGUCACUUCCUCAACAGAGCCUUCUUCUACCACCACCACGGAACUGGUCUCCACAUCCACCGAACUUUCACCAUCGUCACCUUCUUCCCUCCGAGAGGAUAAUGCUGCCGCGAUUGAAGAUUCCAAUAAUCCCGUCACCACAAUCCCAACAACAUUGAUCCUGGAAGCGGAGGAGGAUGAGUUGAUAGAACCAUUGUCAACCACUGAGCCAUACAUUUCAUCCACCUCCGCACCCACGACUGAAAAGGAAAUCAUGUCAGAGAGAGAAACCGCCACCACGACGGAACAAAUACAUAAGUCGGCAACAACGGAGGAAUCCAUUAUCACGGCGACCACAUUCAGACCAAGCAAUCGACUGUCGACACAGGACGACGAGAUGGACGAGGAGGUGACCACGAUAAGGCCAGUGAUGGACUAUGACGUUGCCAAAAUUGAAGGAGAGACAGCCACCAACGGACCACAAACUCUUCUAGAAAAUACUCAAAAUACUACGGAUCUCACCGACUCGACGAAUAAUGCAAAUCUGAGCACAACUACUUCCCAAUUUGAGCACGACUUUCACCAAGAAGAGGAAUAUUUCUACUCGCAGGAGGAAUACAUUGGGCAAGAUCCUCUCGAAGAUGAGCGGAUUCAAGAAGCUCAGAGACUCGCUUUACAAAAUGCUCUCAAGAAUAUUCGAAGUCGGCAGCAGAACGCGUCAACGACAGACAAACCCGACGAGGAAAAUGCAGAUCCGGCAAAAAAAUUUAUUCGAAGACCUACAAAUGUCAAUUCCUUCCCUUCCAGUACAUCGAUAUCCGUCUCAUUCAGCAGCACGGAGCAGGAUGAUGAAGAGUUGGAAGACUCCAGAUCCAAUAUUAUCCACAAGAUUCAAACUUUCAGGACAAAAUUGAGAAAAGUGGUGAACAGGACGGGAAAAAAGUCAACCACUACAAAAAGACCGAGACGCGUUACGCGACCGCACAGCAUCGUGACCCCGGCAGAAGUCGUGGCAGAAACGUCACCCCCAGUCCCCGAGAAAGUUGUGGAGGAUCAAAUAACUACAACUUCCACCACGACAACGACAACAACCUCCCCACCGGAAACUACUCCUAAGAAGAAAGAGGAAAAAGUCAAACCAACUCCACCCCCAACUUUGGGGUCUCUCAUCAUCACAGAAAUUCUCCCCACGUCCACGUCCACAUCCACCCAACCCAACACUACUACGACCGACGCAGCCAUGCAGGAUGAGCCCAGUGAAGAUAACCAGGAACCCGUCGACUUUGAGACAGAAGACGACGAUGACCGCAGAAUAUCAACGCUAAUCUCGUCAAAUCCAACCACAAUAAAAUCCACGGAGGAACCGGAAGAGAUAAUUUCCUCCUCCACCACGAUAAUCACGCAAGAAGGACUUUCUUCAUCUCCACAAACCACAGAACUUCCGCUCAAUAUCACCACCACCACGACCACGCCAGAUGAGACCCUUCUUGUCACCGAAACGUCCACCUCAAGGACAAUUAGGGAACGAAAAGUCAAGGUUAUCCUGAAAAGAAGGAAGGGUGCGCCGAAAGGGACGGGAACCGUGGCCAGACAAGUAGUUCGUACCAGAACGAGGGUAAAACAGCGAGAAGACGCAGAGUAAAGAAAAAAAUUAGCCAAUUUUUAAAUUAUAACGCAAUCUUUGCAUGCACUGAUUUUGAUUUCAUGAUACAAUGCUUGUGAAUUGGUGCUUUAGGAUUAAAUAGAUUUAAGUGAGGUGGUGGUGAAUGUUGACGAGUUUCUUCCAGUAAAGUUUGUAUUGUACGCCAUUUAAUUUUAAUAAACUUGUAAAUAAAUUAUAACAACAAUUACUAUUUAAAUACA